AUGACUUUUAUUUUUACUAAAAGUUGGUAUUUAGUAACCUAUGGUAUCUUAGUCACUACUACUUGGACUAUUACACUUUUAGCUGUAAUACUUGGUAAUAUUCGUGAUAAAGAUUCUGCAUUUUCACUUUUUAUACUACCGUUACAAAUAUCGCAAACUAUAGCAGUUUUCGAUAUUCUAAAUUCUUUAUUUGGUCUGGUGUCAUCCCCUAUAUUUCCAACAUCAGUUCAGGUUUUAUCUCGUCUUCAUAUUGUAUGGAUUAUUUUUUUCCUUUCUCCUGAAAACUCUCCUCAGAUUACAACUAUAUUUUCAAGCAUACUAGUAAUAGCUUGGAGCUUAUCUGAGCUAAUUCGAUACCCUUAUUAUAUAGUCUUAAAAUUAUCAAAUAUUUAUCCCAAUAUAAAGAUGCCAGUAUUUCUCAAAUGGCUAAGAUAUACUGCCUUUAUUAUAUUGUAUCCUAUAGGGAUACUUUCCGAAGUUGUGAUCUGUUCAAAUUUUAUCUAUGAUAUUCGAAGUCACUCUUCUAUUAAAGAUUCAAUAUAUUUAAAAUUGAUUCAUUUUCCUCAGGAAAUGCCAAACAAGUUUAACUUUGAAGUAAAUCUUGCACACAUAUAUAUAUCUAUACUAUGCCUCUAUAUACCAGGAUCUAUAUAUAUGUAUAGUUAUAUGCUAUAUCAACGUAAGAAAUCUUUAACAAAUUUAUGGAGAACAGAUUCUGAUUAUUUAAAAAGUGAAUAA